CUGGGAGAUAGAGUAAAAGAGAGAAAAAGAUCUUGAAGCAAAAAUGAUGAACUACAAUUGGUGAUCAGGGAUAAGAAAUAACCAAAGUUAGUUGGAGACUAGCCGAACGAAAUAGCCACCGCCAAAUCGAAAAAGCAUAAAACGAAUUGGAGCAAGAUGGAGACGAACCACAGGCCCAUAUCACACAGCAGAUGUCGAACACCGAGUAGAUGGGAUACAAUAAUGGCCCUUAUGCUAAUGGGUCUUUUCCUGCCCGGUUUAAGUUUGGCAUUUUGUCCCUCAAAGUGCCAAUGUCUUGGGGGUGAGGCUAAUAGUCGAGCCUUGUGUGUGGAUGCCGCUUUGGAGGAUGUGCCCAUUCAAUUGAAUCCGGAAACCAAAUAUAUUAAUCUCACAUUCAAUAGAAUAAGAAAUGUAGAAUUCUCGCUACCCUUCUACAUGAAAUUGGAGAUACUCGAUCUAUCGCAGAAUAUUAUUGAAACAUUGGGAUCCAAAAAUUUUGAAUAUCAAUCAGUGCUAAGAACUCUGAACUUAAGUAGAAAUCUUGUGAGUUCACUGAACAAACAUGCCUUCAAGGGCUUGACGAAUUUAAUGGUUCUGGAUCUCAGUUAUAAUCGUAUUGAGACAGUGCAUCCAACUGCAUUUGGUGAUCUAGCAUCUUUAGUUGAUUUGGAUUUGACCAAUAAUAAUAUCGUAAGCCUUGAGGAUAAUUGCUUUAAGGGUUUGCUGACCUUGGAGAUUCUAGUAUUUCGUAAUAAUCGUCUCUUGGAUGUGCCUGCGAGUAAUCUCUGGCAUUUGCAUAAUCUCAAGAGUUUGGAUAUGUCGGAUAAUUUAGUAGAAUUCGUGCGGAACGAUAGUUUCGAGGGACUGAAAGAGUUACUUGCCUUGAGUAUGCGUGGCAAUGUGAUGAAUGAACUGGAUCCGAGUGCCUUUGAGGGAUUAAUAUCAUUGAAACAUUUGGAUUUAGCUGAUAACAAUUUAACGAUGGUUCCGACACAGCAGUUGGCAAAACUUUCAAAUCUCACAUAUUUGAACUUGGGCGGCAAUCGGUUUGCCCAUUUGCCCGCUGUGGCAUUUUUGAACUUGUUUCAUUUACGCGAAUUGCAUUUGAGCCGCUUGGACUAUUUGCAGCGCAUCGAUUCAAGGGCCUUCGUGGACAACAGCCAUUUACAGACAUUGCAUUUGAACUACAAUCCACAAUUGAGCGAUAUACCAAUGCGUUUAUUCCAGGGUAAUCCCAAUAUCCUGGAAGUCUAUAUGCAAAGCAAUAGUCUGCAGACUUUAUAUUCGGCUCAGUUUCCUGUCGAUCAAUUGCAGAAAUUGUAUUUGGGUGAUAAUCCAUUGCAAUGCAAUUGCUCUUUACUUUGGCUCUGGCGUUUGGUCACUGGCAAUUUCGAUGGCAUUGAUGGCACAAUGGAGCAAGGAGCUCCGGGUGGGGCAGUUGCCGCAUUGGCCAAAGAUGCAGCUGUUGGUUCCGCGGCGUCGUCCAUGGAUGAUGAGGAUGAUGUUACCACCGCAUCAUUGGCUGGUGGCAAUGAUGAUGGAGUGGCCGCUUUGGCUGCCUAUAUCGCUGAGCAGCAUAUAGCCAAUGCUCUGCAUACCACCGAGCCAAGUGCCUAUGAAUUGGUAACCUCACCCUCGAAUCGUCAUUCGGGAUAUUUGCGUAUGGAUCGUCAGCAGAUUGGCUGUGACAUUUGGAAGGAUACGAAACGUAUACGGCGUCAGUUGCUGACCAUGACCGAGGGAGAAAUCACCUGUCCGGCUCAUAUAGUGACUGUGGUUUGUGCCGUCAUUACUUUCCUCCUGGUGGUGAUGAUCGGCGUGAGUGUCUUGUAUUAUUUGCGUUUCGUGAAGCGUCGUCGCAAGUUGCUGCACGAGCGUGGCCCACUACGGACCAGCAAGAGUAUUAUCAAUGUCCAUGAUCGCAUUCUCCAGGGGCAUCAGCCAUUGGGUGGCAAUGGCAUGAGCAUGACUCUUGGAGGUGGAUCAAAUGGUGGCCUGGUUGUGUAUCCUCAUCAUCAUGCUCAAACCCUGCAGGCUACCCAUCAUCAUUACCAUCAGGCGACCAUGCCAUUGCAAUCGCAACAGCAUUUGCAUCAUCAUCACAAUGGGGGAGGAGGAGGAGGCGGUGUGGGUCAUGAGUAUCAACAGACAACGCUGCCGCAUCUGGAUAAGCUGGAAUUGGAGCGUUAUUUGGCUGCCCAUCAGACUAUAGCGAAUGAGUAUCGUGCUCUCAAGCCCUGGGAAUUGCCCGUCAAGGAGGCUGCCGUCGAUGAUGAGCCCGAGCAUUUGUAUGAGCGUUUCGAUCACUAUGAAUAUCCUGACACGCAAACUUUGGGCAAACUCAAGCAGCAGGUACAGUCGAGUGCGAAUGCCAAUAAUGGUCAAAAUUCGGCUGGUAAGCCACAUGUGGUCUAUGUAUGACGUGGUGGACGUGGUGGUGGUGGCAGUGGUGGUGUUUAUGAUGAGGAAAUGGAAAUGGUGGGUCUCAAUUUACUCACCGCUAGCCACAACAACAACUACCGCAGCUAUGUACAGAGCAUCAAACACAAACAACACAGGGAAUUUGAGGUUAGAUGCGAUUAAAUUUUCUUAGGUUAUGUUCUUAGGUUUUUUUUGUUUUGUUUCAGCAUUUAACAUUCAAUAAAUAUUUGAGUAAAAAACCACACACAGAAUACACACACUCACACAAAAGUUUAACAAGCGUCAAAUGAAACAAGGGAUUUUGUCUAAAAAAUAAAAACAAAAAAUUGAAAAAAGAAAAAACACAGAAUUAAUGAAUCUAACUAAAAUUUAAGAUAACUAAACUAAGCAUACGAUUUCAAAGAAAUACAUAAAUAUAUAUAAAUAGAUAUAUAUAU